UCGUUUGGUCUUUAAUGAGUUGACAUUCUUCACAUUCUUCUGUACCUAAAGAUCGUGAGCACAAAUGAGCCAUGAACUUGGAUCUGCUAUAGAGGAAGGUUCAAAAAAGAAAAUGAUAAAAGAGAUCUGCUUGCUUUUUCAGUUUAUUGAUAUCAAUCUCCAAGGGGAUUCAUUUCAGUCUGACAGUAUUCUUGAGUAUGCUGAAAAGACCAUAAAGUCCAGGUACAUCAAUUCCAUGGAGGAUGUGAUCAAGAAGAUCUACACACAGAUGGAGUUCGAUUUAUUCGACGACGAGGACGAAGUCGACUGUUCAGAUUCUAUACCCAGCAACAGCAACCAGGAAUUCAGCAGGGUCGACAGGGGCCGUAGCCACUUGAACAGCGCCGACGCCAGCACAAGCGCCUCCGCGCUUUGGGGGUACUCCAGAGGGCACAACAAGCAGCAAGAAAAGACGUCAUCCUUUGAUAAUGAAGUGUUGUAAAUGAGAAUCUUUUUAUUAUCUACUCAGUUUGAAAAUCUACUCAGUGUUGUAAAUGUGACUGAUAAUGACCAUCAGUUUUGAAAAUCUACACAGUUUAUUA